AUGCUGGAUUCAGGCCGUGUACAUCUGAUUCCAGAUGUUGUAGAGAUCACCAAAGACCCGAAAGGGCAUAUUGGCGUAGCUAUUGGAGGAGGAGCACCCUACUGUCCCUCUUUGUACGUGGUCCAGGUGUUUGAUAAUGGUGCUAUAGCUAAAGACGGGAGGAUUCAUGCCGGAGACGAGCUGUUAUCCGUCAAUGGAACCAGUGUCAGAGGAAAGGAAAAGUCGAAAGUGGCCAAGAUGAUCAAGGAACAUACAGGUACGAUGAUGGGACAUUUUACUAGGUUGGCCUGUUAUGGAUUUCGGUUCCCAAAUUUUUUGAAAUUUGUUGUAAACUAUAUUUUUUCCUAAUUAUUGUUUUUAAUCAAUUUAAUGAAAUUCAGAAAAUUUUGGAACCGAAAUCCAUAACCCGCUAACCUAAUACAUCUAAAUGUAUACUAUAAUCAUACCUCCAUCUUGAUUAUUUAUAUUUAAAAACGAAAAAAGUAGCCAAUAUUAUAGUAUCUCAUUAUAGGUACGCUAAAACUGUCGGUUAAUCGUUUGAGCUUUGACGACGAAGCCGGGCAGACCCUGGAUAUUACACUGAAGCGGCUAAAGCAUUGGUGGGUCGAGAGAAUGGACGCCAAGACGGCUGACGCCUUCGGAUUGUCGAGAGCGAUUCUGUGUAACGAUGUCUUGGCCCAGCUGAUGAAGAAGUUGGACGCCAACCAACAGUUAUAUACAGAACUCACCAGGACGGCCGACGGCCUCGUACAUAACCACAGGAAACUGUCAGAAGUGUUCGCCCAGAUCGGACACGUGUUUUCGGAAGUGGCAACAAGAGAAUCCAAGAGCGAGAUCAACAAGUACUUCAACGAGGUAUCCACAUGUCAUAGGAACUUCUCGAAGGAAGCCGCGCCGAUGUUGGCACAGCUUCAGAUGAUAGCGAAUACAUUCAGAAUAUACACAGACAAGGCGAUACCCGACACAAAGGAUACGAUAAAGAAGUAUCUCGACAAGAAGUUCGAGUAUUUGUCGUUUUGUCUAAAGAUCAAGGAGAUGGACGACGAAGAGGCUCAGAUGGUCGAAUAUGGAGACUACUUGCCGCGAAUCGAGUCUGGGAAUAUGGAGUACAGGUAAUACAGUUUGACAUGUUGCUUAUGUUUACAGAAUCAUGCUACGGAGCCGUGAGAAGAGCAGAGAUGUGUUCAUCGAAAUGAGGAAACAUGUCAUGAUCAAGAUAGAGAUGUUGGACGAAAAGCAUGGUGAGUAACCUGUUUUUAUAAAAUAACUUAAGUGGUCUUUUUUCUUUUUACCCUUGAUAUAAACGUACAUUUACAGUACGAGAGCUAGGUCUACAUCUUCGUUCGCUGAUGGAGUCCUUGAGUUCGUAUCACGAGAAGUGUUCUGAAGUAGUGAAAGAGUUUCAUCGAACUACAAAAGACCUUGUGUUCGAACAAGAAGUGUCCCAACCCCAAAAGGCACAGACUUCUCAACAAGCCAAUCUUCUAGAUUUAGACGAAACGAGCGCGCCAUUGAUUAGCAGUGACUGA